AGCUGCAUCUCAUCUAGCUGUCCGAUCACUUCAACAGACGGCAAGAGAUUCGUCGAAUGAUUGUGCUAGGGCUGUUAGUGUUAUUCUCAAGGAUUUUUACAUGGAUGAUCUACUUACUGGUGCAUCUAGUAAAGAAGAACUUCGAUUGUUGCAGCAAAAUAUUUCCGAAAUAUUGAGGGAAGGGGGGUUUGAACUUCGUAAGUGGGCAUCGAACUGCGCUGAGCUAAUCGCAAGCAUUUCUAAUGCAUCUACGAACAUAUCACAUUAUAUUGUCGACGAUAAGGAUGUUCACGCUUUAGGUCUUAUCUGGAACACAGAAGGAGACUAUCUCACGUUUGCUAUUAACUUGAGGGAACCGCCAGUUAAGUUGACCAAGCGCAUGUUUCUAUCAGAUGCAAGUACGCUCUUCGAUCCUCUGGGCCUGCUUGCUCCCGCUACUAUAAAUUCAAAAAUUUGGUUUCAAGACAUAUGGCGCACUAAGGUAGGUUGGGAUGAUAUCAUUCCUGAGUCUAUCGCAACGAAGUGGUUGGAGCAUCGCAUAGAACUCAAGAAACUGGCACAUUUGAAGGUGAAACGUUGGUUUGGUACUGAAGUAGCUGGGACAUUUACGCAAUUGCACGUAUUCGCAGACGCGUCCGAGCGGGCUUACGCCGCCGUUUUGUAUGCACGAACAACACAAAGCGACGGUAGCAUUAUUGUGUCAUUAAUUUCGUCGAAAACCAAGGUAGCUCCGCUUAAGCCGACAACGUUGCCACGUCUUGAAUUAUGCGCCGCUCAUCUUGCUGCUAAACUAGUGCGAAGCGUGCUGCACUGCUGGUCUGAUCUCCGUUAUCCGCUUUUCGCUUGGACUGACUCUACUAUAACAUUGGCAUGGUUACAAGCUCACCCCAGCAGAUGGGUGACAUUUAUAGCCAACCGCGUCGCUGAUAUUCAAGAAGUUUUGCCUCCCGAAUAGCUGGGCAUACGAAAGAGUAUUCGUGCCCAUGUGAUUAAUUCUACAGAUCAUUGGUCCGUGAUGACAAAAUACUCAUCAUAUUCUAAGCUGCGUCGAGUUAUUUCCUAUGUUUUACGUUUUUUGACUAACAUUCGGGCUAACAGACGGCUUAAUGUUAUAAAGCGUUUUGGUACACCGAGUUGCCAAGAGUUAUUUGAAGCUGAACUUCGCCUAAUAAGGUAUACGCAACAGUUUUAUUUUUCUAAUGAAAUUUCUCUUUGCAGCGCUAAAAGACCAAUCCCACUUCGCAGUAGUCUUUUGCGUCUGCAGCCCUUUCUGGAUGGGACUUGUGUUCUACGUGUUGGAGGAAGAAUAAAAAACGAUGAAAUCGCUCCAGAUGUUAGGCAUCCCAUUAUCUUGCCUAAGAAUUGUCCGCUUGCUAAGUUAAUAAUCUGCGAAAUACACAAGGUCACUUUGCACGCUGGGCCCCGCAUUAUGCAAACUGUCUUACAACGUCGUUAUUGGGUUAUCGGCGCUCGUAGCUUGAUCCGUAAUAUAUACCAUAAGUGCGUGAAAUGCACUUAUUUGAACCGCAAUCUUACCACACAAGUCAUGGGUGAUCUACCUGUCAUUCGUACAACCUACGCCCGUUGUUUUACUCACACUGCUGUUGACUUCGCUGGACCUUACCUCUACAAAUUCACCCAAGGAAGAGGAGCUAAGGCUACCAAAGGCUACAUUUGUUCGUUUAUUUGUAUGUGCACUGGUGCGAUGCAUCUCGAAUUUGUUGGUGACCUGUCAACACCAGCUUUCCUAAAUGCGUUUAAAAGGUUCACCAAUCGUCGAGGAUUUUGUAAGGUCAUGGCAUCAGAUAACGGUACAAAUUUCGUUGGAGCCGAGAAGGAGUUGCGCAUUGCAUUUCAACAGUGCAUGGCUGAUAUUAAACUUCGCUCUUUCUUUGCGGACUCGAAUAUCGAAUGGCGUUUUAAUCCACCGGCUGCACCCCAUAUGGGAGGUUACUGGGAGACUGGAGUCAAACGUGUCAAGUAUCAUUUAAAACGCGUACUAGGAGAAGUUCCACUAUCAUACGAAGAGUUCAACACACUUUUGACUGAAAUAGAAGCUUGCGUAAACUCUCGCCCACUCUGUGACAACUCUGAAG